AGGUGAUGUUCGCAUAACAUCAGAUGCUCCUUUUUUUUGCUAAAAGGAGCAUCUUCUGAAAUUGUCAAGAUGGGGGUACCGGAAAACAAACCCUCAGGCUUCAUUUACUUUGCCGUUCUUGCAACUUCACUGACCUCUUUUGCAACUGGUGUGUGCUAUGUAUGGACAUCACCAUUUAUCCCCAAAUUUCAAUCACCAGAUCAAGAAGUAAAUCCAAUUGGGAGACCGGUAACCAUAUCGGAAUCAGCUUGGAUCGUUGCGGCCAUGAGCUUAGGACUAAUUAUUGGAUCCAUUUUGACAGUUUUUAUUCUUAAAUUUUGCACCAAAAAAACUGUUUUAUUGUUAGGAGUUGGUCCUUUGGUACUAGCACACGUUAUAUGCAUUUUUGCUAAUCAAGUACUAGUAUUCAUAUUCGCAAGAAUGUUGAUGGGAAUAGGAAUAGGAACUAUAUGGACUGUUCUUGGCAACUACAUUGCAGAAAUUGCCGAACCUAGAAAUAGGGGUCUUCUGGGGAGUUUUCCUGGUAUAACCUCCAACAUUGGCAAUCUUAGUGUGUAUGUAAUGGGGCCUUACUUGAAAAUAUGGCAGUUUAGCAUUGUGCAACUUGUUCCUAUAUUGUUAUUUUAUAUUGCUUUUGGAUAUUUUGUUCCUGAUAGUCCAUACGAUUUACUUCUGAAAAAUAGAAAUCGGCAUGCCGAAAACAGUCUGAAGCGGUUACGGCGAACCAACAACAUUGAAAAGGAAUUAAUUUUUGUUCAAGAGACUGUAGCUAGAGGCAACGAUAAUAAAAUGAACAUUAAAGAUAUGUUUCAUGACCGCAGCUUUCGCAAAGGUUUAAUGAUCUCUGUUACUCUUAUGAUUUGUCAACAACUUUCCGGUUUUAUUGCCGUUGUCAGUUAUGCUGAAACUAUUUUUUCUCUUGCGGGCGACUUUAUCCCAUCAUCUGUUUCUCCCAUGAUUCUUGGGUUAGUAGCGAUUGCCACUAUUGUCGUAAGUUCAGGAUUAGUUGAUAGAAUGGGGCGGAAAAUGUUACUUUCAAGCGCUUGUAUUCUAGAGUCUAUAUCUUUGUUUGCGCUUGGUUUAUAUUUCUUUAGGCAAAAUAAUGGACAAGAUGUAUCAGCAAUUUCCUGGGUGCCAAUUGCAAGUCUUGCCAUUUUUAUGGUUUCCUUCAAUCUGGCAGUUUCAACUGUACCUUGGAUUAUCACUGGGGAAAUAUUUAGUCCUCAAGUCAAAGCAUUUGCCACCACCAUAACUUCGUUCAGCAACUUCAUGGUCAACUUUUGCGUUAUUUUAGGUUUUCCAUAUAUGGUAGAGUUGUUAGGUAUGGGAUGGGCUUUCUGGUUCUUUGCUUUUUGCAUGGUUUUGGCUUCGGCAUUUUGCAUUUUUAUUUUACCGGAAACCAAAGGAAAAAACUUUAUCGAAAUUCAAGAUAUACUAAAAAAGUAACAAGUUAGUACAACGCUUUUUGCAUUUAAAGUAAAAGGUCUGAUAAUUAUAAAAUCUAUUAUAAUAUUAAGAUUAAGUGAUAAUGUUAUAACAAUAAAUUUUUUGUAAUGUU